AAAGAAAAAGAAUUUGUACCUACGAAGCGAAGCGAAAGCUUUAUCCUGAAUUAUUUUGUGUUUUAUUUUAUUGUUUGUUUCUUAGAAUUUGUUUAGAAAACUUUCAUCAUGAAGAGCGCUAUGCAGUAUCGUAAGUUCAUCGACGAGCCGACUAUGAGCGAUAAGACACUCCUUGUGAGUGUCGAAGACCUCAUCAAUACGGCCUUCGGGACCGUUGAACAAAAUAUAGUCAACUUCAAGCUAGUACAAACGGUGAUGCAUAUAUUGGCGCGUCAGAUGCGCAUGUUGGAACAGGACGUUGAGAUCAAGAUCGAUGAACUAGCCGACAGACCACGUAGGACUUAUGACCAGAGGGAAGAAUAUGACGACGAGCAACCAUAUGCUUCUGCUUCAACUGAGAGCAGGGAUCAAAUAGCUGCUACAGAGGACGGUAGGGGAGGAGGCCCAAGGACUGAAAGACCCGGUGAGAGAAGUGAAAGAGGCGGUGGUGGUAGAGAGGACGACAGGACAGACGAUGGAACUAGAGACACGACAAGUGGACAAGGGGCGGAUAGAGGUGCUGAUGCCGCAGAGAUAGAUGGGUCGAGAGGAGGAGGCCCCCAGGGGAGGAAGGAAGGUGGUGGUGCAGGCCGGGAUGACGGUGGAGGUCGGGAUGAUGCACGCAGUGGCGGCGGUGGCACUGGUGGUGGUGGCGCUGGUGGUGUUGGCGCCGGUGGUGCUGGUGCUGGUGGUGGUGUUGGCGCCGGUGGCGGGGGUGCUGGUGGUGUUGGUGCCGGUGGCGGUGGCGCCGGUGGCGGAGGUGGCGGUGGCGGAGUUGCCACCGUUGGUGGCGGUGGCGCCGGUGGCGGUGGCGGCGGUGGUGCCGGUGCCGGUGGCGGUGCCGCCGUUGUCGGUGGCGGAGGUGGCGGCCGUGGUGGCGGAGGUGGCGGUGGGGGAGGUGGCACCGCUGCUGGUGGUGGCGGCGGAGGUAGGGAAGAUGCCAAGAGCAAGGAUCGUGGUGGACAAAAGGCAGCAGGUGGGGGUGCGGGUGGAGGGAAGAAGCGAGCUGUCUCUACCGAUAAAGGCAGAAAAGGAACUCCCGAUACUGGCCGAUCUACUGCGACUUCAGCAGGUAGAAGCAGCGGCAGAGGAUCUCGUACAAGUAUUACUGUUACAGAAUCCACACGAAAGGGCGGAACUGGAGCACCGAAAGACAAAAUAUUAGUUGUGGAAAAAGGCCCAACCACUCGCGGAGGUGGCGUGGCACGCGUGGGUAGUAUUGAAGUGGUGACGGCUUCACAGUUCGCACUCCUUGAGAAAGCCGUGCGGGAGCUGGAGAACGUAGCCGGGCCUCUGCCCAUGCCGGCGCUGCCGGACAACGAGCGCCUCCGACAGGACCUGGCGCAGGGCAGGGCCUCCCUCUCCGAGACCAUGCAAGCUAUGCAGCUAACUGCACGAAUUCAAGCAGCAGAAGAUGGUUUGACCCGUAUGGCAGAAUUGCUGACACAAUUAGCGGCAGCUGGAGCCCUGCCCCAAGAAAUGGCGGGCCAAAUCGGCCAAGUGCGCGAUCAGUUGCAGCAGGCCGUCACUGCAGUCGCAGACGCAGUUGGCCAGGCUGGGGGCACGUAUCCGGGAGGUCCCGGGAUGGGCCCCGGGGGUGUAGGUCCGGGAUCCGCAAGCGUUGGAGUGGGCCCUCAAGCUGUGGGUGGAGUGGCCCAAGGAUACGGUGGCCCGGGGAUGGGGCCAGGUGGUGUAGGUCCUGCGGGAGUGGCCACAGGGAUGGGGCCGGGCGCUGUGGGCCCAGGGAUAGCGCCGGGCGCUGUGGGCCCAGGGAUGGGGCCGGGCGCUGUGGGCCCAGGGAUGGCGCCGGGUGGUGUGGGCCCAGGGAUGGGGCCGGACGCUGUGGGCCCAGGGAUGGGGCCGGGCGGUGUGGGCCCAGGAAUGGUGCAGGGCGGUGUAGGCCCAGGCAUGGGGCCGGGCGGCGUGGGCCCAGGCAUGGGGCCGGGCGGCGUGGGCCCAGGGAUGGCGCCGGAUGGUGUAGGCCCAGGCAUGGGGCCGGGCGGUGUGGGCCCAGGCACGGGGCCGGGCGGUGUGGGCCCAGGCAUGGCUCAGGGCGGUGUGGGCCCAGGCAUGGCUCAGGGCGGUGUGGGCCCAGGCAUGGCUCAGGGCAGGGGCAUGGCUCAGGGCGGUGUGGGCCCAGGCAUGGCUCAGGGCGGUGUGGGCCCAGGCAUGGCUCAGGGAGGUGUGGGCCCAGGCAUGGCUCAGGGCGGUGUGGGCCCAGGCAUGGCUCAGGGCGGUAUGGGCCCAGGCAUGGCUCAGGGCGGUAUGGGUCCAGGCAUGGGGCCGGGUGGUGUGGGCCCAGCGAUGGGCCCGGGUGGUGUAGGCCCAGGCAUGGGGCCGGGUGGUGUAGGACCAGGGAUGGGUCCUGGAGGAAUGCAACAAGGAUACGGUGGGCAAGGGAUGGGGCCGGGUGGAGUAGGUCCAGGGAUGGGGCCGGGUGGCGUAGGCCCAGGUAUGGGCCCGGGUGGUGUAGGCCCAGGUAUGGGUCCUGGAGGAAUGGGCCAAGGAUACGGUGGGCAGGGCAUGGGCCCGGGUGGUGUAGGCCCAGGUAUGGGUCCUGGAGGAAUGGGCCAAGGAUACGGUGGGCAGGGCAUGGGCCCGGGUGGUGUAGGCCCAGGUAUGGGUCCUGGAGGAAUGGGCCAAGGAUACGGUGGGCAGGGCAUGGGCCCGGGUGGUGUAGGCCCAGGUAUGGGUCCUGGGGGAAUGGACCAAGGAUACGGUGGGCAGGGCAUGGGACCGGGUGGUGGAGGCCCCGGUGGAGUGGGUCAAGGGAUGGGGCCAGGUGGAGUUGGUCCAGGGAUGGGACCGGGCGGUGUGGGCCCAGGGAUGAGGCCAGGCAGUGGGGGCCCUGGAGGCAAGCGAGGGGGUACAGGCGCGGGAACAUCCAGUACUCCUGGCGGCAUGGGCGCUGAAAGCUAUGGACCAUCGGGUCCGCCCGGGCGCAAGUCUGUCGCCAUAGACAAGACGUCUUCCCACCCGGAUUCUAUGAGGCGAGGAGACGGGUCAGGGGGCACUUCCCGGGCUUCCAUGGCGGCAGGAGCUCGCAGGCCCUCAGAGAUAGCCGCUGCCUCCGGCCUGGGAACGGGAGGCGUGGGGAAUGUCACGCAUCCUGAAAUGGAGAGUGUUCUUCUGAUUAUGAGAAGCGAACUGAUCAAGGAAAUCACAGCAUUGACGACGCGUGCCACUCACUCUGCAGACAUAGCGUCCAACACAUCGAAGGCCGUUGCGGACAAGUUGGAUGUGGCCCUGAACAUAGACAAUCGUAUCACUAAACUGUUCUCGCUGGCUAAAGACUACGCCGAACAGCUCAGCGGGUUCGACUCCGGAUUAGCCACGCAGAUGGCUAGCUUCCAGGAGCAAAUGGCCCAGAUGCGAUUAGACCUGAAGGGAGGCAUCCAACAGCUGGAACAAGCUAACAACAACGCGGAGACCGCUGCUAUCCUGGAGCUGACUGAGCGCUACGAGGGCCUGGUGAUCGAGCUGGACAACACGCUGCACACCCACCAGAGCCUCACCGUCUUGCAGAAGCAGCUCAGCGAAGAACUCAGGAGUCUAGUGGAGUGCGUGGAGAUGCUGAGGGAACAGAAAGCCGACCGGGAUGAAGUGCUGGACGGUCUUAGAGACAAGGCGGAUAUCACACGUCUCGCAGGGUUAUUACAUGAAGGGGACUUUGCGCAUGCGCGCGAAGAUCUUGAGGAACGUCUCGAAAAUUGCUACAAAAAGUUCAAGAGACAGGAUGAAAUCUGGCUGUGCGCCCUCAAAGACUUGGCAGCGAUAACAGAGAGCAAAGCGGAGAUCAUCCAGCUACUGGCCAUCAAGGACACGGCCACUGACGAGCUGAAGAAGAUCCAAGAGUCGCUGCGCCAGCUCUAUAUCAUGCUGGGAGAACCCAAGGCGGCAAUCCUUAUGCGCAUGCUAGCAAAGGGCGCGGCGUGCGGCUCGUGCCUGGCCCCGGCGCUCAUGGAGCCCACCGAUCCCGACUUCGGCCAGCCCAACGCGCUGCCAGCCCUACGGCCGCCGCCCGACGGCGAGGAGCCCUGCACCGUCAUGCUCAAGCCGCUGCCGCCGCCCGAUGCUAGACACCACGUGUGUCGUCGCUGGGUGGGCGGGUCGCACACGCUGGUGGGCGCGCCGGUGACUCGCGAGCGCGCCGUCGCCGACACGCGCGCGCCCCCCACCAAGCGCUUCGCUGGAUACGGCACUGACGGACGGAUGUAUCUACUGGAAGAGGAACUGCAGCCUUGCGUGGAGUGUAACAAGCUGAGCACGGACGAUCAGGAUGAAGGCCCGCUCCCCACCCCCACUGGAGGGGGUGGUGACCAGGGUGGUGGUGUUACGCCCAUGGAAGAACAAGACAAAGAUAAGAAGUGAAAGAAGAAAAUACAUUUGCUGCAGCUGAUAUAAAAGAAAGAAUAGACUGGUGCUAACUAUUACAGAAACUGAGUUUGUCGCUUAGGAAAUCAAACCAAAAAUA